CAGUGACGAAACUGGCGCGUCUGGCUGGAUAUUGUGGGCAUCAAGUCAUAUCGAAAUACAUUGAAAUAUAUUGAAACUGAAAAUUGAUUUAAAAUGAGAGCAAAGACACCGUGGAUUAAGCCUGAUUGAGAUUUGGUAGUAUUCCUUCUAUAGAGACAAAGGACCAUGCACAGACAAUGUAAGUUUAUCUAAGAUUUCAAAUUUUAAUACUUGUAAACAUUCCGACGCAAAUUUUAAAUUGUCUACCAACUGCGGUGCUGUGGUGUCGUGCGAUGUGAAGCGAUUGUUCUGCGUAAAUUUAAAACUCAGAAGUCAGAAAUGAAAUACCUAAAGCAAGGGGGUAGUGUAUGUGAGAAUGUACAGGAAUAUAUAUGAUUUCUUGCGCUGGUACUGCUCAAAUUUUAUACAAUACUUAAUAUACUAUGGUCGUUAACAAUUGUUUACCCUUGUCGCACAUUGACUGUUCCGCGUAGAAUUAAAAAUUCAGAAGUCAGAAUUGAAGAAUUGAGGUAUUGUAUAAUGGUGCAUGAGUAUGCUCGGUAUAAGUUACAUUGCUAGUACUGGUCAAAUAUGAUAUUGAUAUUUUUAUAGUUGUUGCAAAUUUGCGUAAUUUUGCUGAAUAAUUGCGGCUUACAAAUUUUGCCCCCUCAGGAUGCGGUCUAUUCCGACAACAGGUAGAAUAAAAUUCCGUGUAAAUCUAAUUAAAGCUAUGGUUAAAUUCCGAGUACACACAUGGAGCUAUAAAAUCCAUAUUCUGAUAUUUGUAUACGACAUAUAUGCCACUCCACUCUGUAUGCGAUAGUGGUGUUCAACUUUAUAUAAAGUCAAUAAAAUAUUGCGAGCAACUACUUGAAAAUUUUAAAAACCUAACCAUACACAAGACGUAGCGACUUCAACUAAAAUUGAUUUCAUACACAAUCCAUUUUUCCUUCAUUAAAUGUUGCCUCAUAAACUUUGUAUUUCCUAUCAAUAAUUACCGCCUGAAGAUCUUUUCAAAGCAGGAAGGACGAAACGUCACCACGCAUUGGGCAAGAUUUCUCGAAGAUUUAAUUUCACAUUUUUAUUGUUCGUGUUUUUGUGCGACUAUAUGUCUAAUUUUCUACUUUGGCCCUAUAAAAUAAUAGCAAUGUCAAUAUAUUUCUUUAUGGCAAUUUUACUGAAACGGAAGUUUUAAGUGCUAGUUAUGUUCAAAUAGUUUGGCCACAACUCUAAUUCAACCUGGCAACCCACAAAUAAAGGCAUGCCAUCUUAAUUACGUUCUGGUAUUUUGACCAUAAGUACGUGUUGCAUUAUGUUACGACAAAGGAGAGUUGAAACAAUUAUACAUUUGAUCGAAAUUAUAGGAACAAAGUUUUAGGUUUAAUCUCGAUAUUUAACGCUCUACUGAAUUGACUUUUUAUUUACUUCUAGAGCCUGAAUAGGCUUGAUAUUGUUCAAUAUUGCUUCCUCGUAUUUAAGUACUUGAGUAUAUAAAGUAUACUGACGAAAACAGCUAUACGCAUAACGAUUUCUUUCCAGGGUUUUUAAGCACAUUUUUUGAUAUUAUAUUUGAUGUAUAUUAAUUAUCUCCAAAAAUCUAUAUAUGAUAUCAAUUUGCUGUAUUGAUUUCAUGAUGCAUACAAUUUCAGAUAUUUUCAUGCAUACCUUAAGGUUACCCAACAUUUGAGAAAAGAUUGCAUAUCAUUUUUAAAAUUAUUUCUAUCAAAAUGAGGCUAGUUACACUGACAAGAGCUAAAUGAUCUACCCACUCACAAUGUAGAAAACUUCCCGAAACCAAUUGUAUUGAAUAAAAACUUCCUAAACUUAACCUCUGCAAGAAAAUACUUGCCAAAACACGCAGAUCUGACGUCGUUUGGACAAAAGUAAAUCGAACUCAUAAAUCCACACACUUAAUCCUACUAUUCUUUUCGCUAUUGUGCCAAACGUUUGCGUUAAUCGUUAAAAGUAAUUUCAGCAUUCAAAUGUUUUUGCCAAUUAUUUAUAGUAAGCUUUACAUAAGCAUUAUAGUCUGGUUCCACUUAUUGACAUAAUCAUUUACACGAAAUGACCUUUCCCUAUCACAGGUAAUAGAAUUAAGAAUCUUGGGCUAUUUCAAGCUUAACCAUGAAUGUAAAAGUCAGUUAAGGUCGGGAAGUGCUAAUCUUUCUUACUUGCAGCUGACAGCUAUUCUGCAAAGGAUCAAACGUGACCAAGUCUUACUAGGGCGCUUCAGGCUGCCACCAUACGAGUUAUAUCAACGGUGCGCAACUUUCGUGAGAGAGGACCCAGAGAAUCCCACGAAUCAGAGAACUAUCCAGAACUACCCCACUUGAACUUGACGUUUGAAGCAGAUGAAAUCGGAGCUCAUCCUCGUUCCAGGGCUUCUCGGCUGCCUGCAACGAGGAUGUUUGGAGCUGGGAAAUCAUAUAUCUCCUAUAGUAGAAUCCCCUACGCUACAUCAGGUGGCCUAACUCAGCGGUAAUUAGAGACAUGACUGUAACCAUAUCUGCCGCCUCGCUACUUCAACUUUGACUGGCCAUUUUCGGUGUCAAAUUUAAAAAAUAAUUUACACUGUAUUCAAAUAAGGCAUUGGAUAUAAACUUUCCAGAAGUCACAUGAGCAGUAUCCUGGGUUAUUUCAACCCAGUUAAGUAGACUACGCAGUCUACGCGUAAACUAAACCACUGUUGCUAAACCUGUAUGACUAGCCUACAUAGUUGGGCCCUGGGGUGUCUUGGUGUCACCAUGCAAUUAUAACGGAAUUUGUGGGAACUUUUUAUUGUCAUUGAUAAAAAAAUCAAUUUUUUGUGUGACGUACAUUAUAAUUUAAGGUGGGCGCAAUCUCAAUCUUGAUCAGGAUAAACCUUAGCCAUUGUUGGAGGUCACAUGCAAUCAUAAUGGCAUUCUUGGGGAAAGCUUUUUACCCACGACUGUGGGAGAAACGAUUGUGAGAAAUUAUCGUUUGGUCUGACGUAUUUUGAUAAGCCGCACCAUUUCAACCUUAUAAUUGAGAGCUAUACGUAUAGCUAAACCUUGGCUAGUUACAUUGUUUGGGGAGUUUGGGUAUCACAUGCAAUCCUAAUACAUUCAUUCAUUCAGUCCAUUCUAGGGCAUAGUUUGCGGGGUAAUUUACGCGGCUGUCGGGGCAUUGUAUUCAAAUAUUGCACGAGCCCACUUACGGUUUUAUCAGGAAAUCUCUUCAUGCAGGUUGUAACAACAUCGACAAAAUUCUUCAUUAUAAUUAAUAUUUCCAACCAAAUCCUAUGAAAUUUAAAAAGAAAAAACUAUGAGUAAUUUAAGACAAAUAAGUUUAGAAUCAGAUCUAGAAGAAAAAUAUAAACAUCGCAAAGUCCGAUAUAGUUAACUUUGAGCUUAUAUUUGAUCUUGAAAUGAACUCGUUAAUUAACUCAAGUAACGCUUCAGUCUUUGCGAUAUACGCUGCUCAAGGAAUCUCUUAGGGUUUUUUUAAAAUAUUAUCAAAGACGUUUCCAAGGAGACAAAUUCUCAACAGGUUCUUUUAAACAAAAAAUUGGCAAUGCCAAAGACUGUAAGAGGCCAUGUCUGGUUUCCCUGCAACUAAUGAAAGGCCAAAAAAGGAUAGUAGAUGGGUUUUGUAGAUGGAAAUACGAGUGUAGGUUCGAUUCCUGCCCGAAGGCUGUAGUUGCAUUUUCCUGGUUAGGUCUAUAAUAAAUAGUAUAAAAUUCACACUCAAUGAACCUGUUCCCUAAUGAACAAAAGUUUGAUCUAGACAAGUCUAGACAACAAUUUCAUUACAGCUUGAAAGAGCAUCACAGAAUUAGUAAUAUUUCGAAGUUUCGUUGCGAAAUGUUGUAAAUUUCGGAUAAUAUAGCCCUGCGAAGCUUGCCGUUUUUCAGUCAUUUUGUGAUAUGUUUUUUUCAGAAAGCCGUAUCAAUUUCCCGUGCGUAAUACAAAAUGACCGAAAAACGGCAAACUUCGCAGGGCUAUAUUAUCCGCAUUUUACACCAUUUCGCAACGAAACUUCGGAAUAUCACUAAUUUUGUGAUGCUCUUUCAAGCUGUGAUGAAAUUUUUGUCUAGACAAUCAAAAUUUUGUUCAUUAGGUGAUAGGUCCAUUCCUGCUAGAGGGGCUAUAGUUGUAUUUUUCACAAUUGCUCCUGCUUAGGUUUAAGAAAUGUAUAAAAUUCACACUAAAAAUUUUCAUCUACAAAACCUUUCUACAAUUAUUUCUAUCAAGUGUGGAUGCCGAAAAUCAUGAUAUUUACUAAAAAAAGAUAGAGCUGUAUUAGUUUAAUGCAACGGUUUUCAACUGGUUUUCUCAUGUGUCCCCGAUUUCACAUGAUUGAAUUACCACGUCCCCUGAACAGAAAUUGCCCACUGAAGUCUAUCAAAAACACGAAUUUCGAAAUAGUUAGUAAAAUAGUAAAUGAUUUAAAUAAUAGAUAGAAAGUCAAGCAAACAUGUUUAUAGUACAAACUAUUGUAUUCAACUAUUGUAUUCAACUAUUGUUUUCUCAGUCCUAGACCAGUUUGUGUCCCCUAGGAAUUUGCCAAAUGUCCCCUCUCGGGGACAUGUCCCCCAAGUUGAAAACCUGUGGUUUAAUGCAUCUGUUUUUCACAACUAUACGAUUAUAAUUCCAUCUCAGUAGCAUGGGAGAAGAGUCCAGUUUGACCCUCUCGCAGGAAUCGAAUCUGUGGUUCUGCGAUUCCGGUGCAGCGCACUAACCAACUGAGCUACAAAGCCCAGUUGUCGAGAAUAGAACUGUAUCAGUCUGUCUUUCACCUCUUCGAUCAUAAUUCCACCUCAGUAGCUGGGGGGAAGAGUCCAGUUUGACCGCCGGGCGACCCUCUCAAACACCACAAGUGUUUGGUGAUAUACUGGACCAAUAAUAAGACGUGAUCCUUACUUCGAACUGAUAGAGAUAUUCAGUAUGAAUAAAGUUAGUUUAGAUUUUCUCCUGUAGCAACAGCACAACACCAAUUAGGUUUGUGCCUCACUGAAUUUCUAAGGCCCGUUUCAGACGGCGUACUCUUCAUGUGCCGAACUUAAUUGUAUUAGAUGCGACACAAGAACGGCAGUGAUUCAAACGGCGUACCAAAUACAAUGUUAUUGACAAGGUCGGGGCGCAUUCGCCAGCGAAACCUAAAUAAAAUUCAAAAUAAAUAAGUUUAUUUUUAGACUAAAGUUGAGUUAGGUUUGGCACAUGAGUGGAGCGGCGUAUGAAUCAAUGUCGCUCCAACGUCGCAUAAUACGACAAGCGGACAAGCUCUGCCGAACUUUUGCCGCUCCAAAUUCUGCCGUACUUAAUUGAUUUAUACGUCGCUCUUCUGCCGUACCUAAUUCAUCAAUUAAGUUCGGCACAUGAUAAGUACGCCGUCUGAAACGAGCCUAAGGAGAACAACUGAGACCAGUAUAAAUAAAGUUAGUUUAGUUCAUCAUUACUGUCUAUAGAUCGUUCUGCAAUACCUAUUUUAUUUAGAUAUCCUCCCGAUAGCCCUGGGGAUAGCCACAGGCCUGUUAUUACUGGCUGCGCUCUUCCUCAUCUACAAACUCUCCUCAAGUCGUUAUAAAUCCAGACGUCCCAAGAAAUCCACCGCUAUCAACCGUACACCUACAAUACUCCCUCAUGAUAUCCCAGGAUUCAGUCUACCCCUAACACGCAAAGUCCAAGUUCAAGAACCGGUCCGUUCGCCCAACGCUUUCCCGAACGAAGAAGCAUCACCGGGUGAGUACGACCUUGAUACGAUGGUUGUACGAACGAAUAAUAAUAUGCCAGUCAGUACAGUACUUCAUUCGAGCCAAUCAAAUCCAGAUAUCACAAAAAUUUCAAAGAUGGAACCUAUAUCUCCACUUCAAAGAAAAUCAUUCAAUCAUAAGCUGUCUGGUUCUAUUUCUCUACAAGAUUUGAAUAUUUAUUCGCCCAAAACGAGAAGCAGGUAUGGUAUAUUAAAUAGUUUAGGUUUGGAAAACACCAUAUUUCUGUAUAUAAUAUAGCGACGCGGAGGGAGGGGAUUCUAAUCAUCUUAUAUUGUAAAUGAGAGCUGAAUGCGUCUCUGCAUUGGAGGUGUCUGUAGUUUACAGGUGUUUGUAUUAGAGAGGUGUCCAUAUUAGAGAGGUGCCAUUAGUAGAGAGAUGUCUGUAUUAGAGAGGCGUCAUUAGUAGAGAAAUGUCUGGAUUAGAGAGGUGUCCAUAUUAGAGAGGUGUCAUUAGCAGAGAGAUGUCUGUAUUAGAGAGGUCUCCGUAUUAGAGUGAUGUCCGUAUUAGAGAGGCGUCAUUAGUAGAGAGAUUUUUGUAUUAGAGAGGUGUCCAUAUUAGAGAGGUGUCUGUAUUAGAGAGAUGUCCAUAUUAGAGAGGUCUCUGUAUUAGAAAGAUGUCCGUAUUAGAGAGGUGUCCAUAUUAGAGCGGUGUCUGUAUUAGAGAGAUGUCCAUAUUAGAGAGGUCUCUGUAUUAGAGAGAUGUCCGUAUUAGAGAGGUGUCUGUAUUAGAGAGGUUUCUGUAUUAAAGAGGUGUCUGUAAUAGAGAGAUGUUCCUAUAGUGAGACUCGACUGUAGUACUAAAUUUUAAUUCGCAUUUAAUUUCUAGGUUUAGUUUGAUCAGUGAAGACAUACAACCAAGUAUAAAAUUUGCACUUUACUAUGGAGUUGCUACAAGCGAGCUAAAUGUGACAGUUAUAAGUGUGAAUAAUGUAACGACGUUAUCAAACCUCAGUGAACAACCAAGUUUGUGCGUGUGGGUGCAAGUUGAAUUCUCACAAUUUCACCAAGAGUUUAGAACGAAGUGCUGUUCAUCUGUUAAUAUGGACGAGUCAGUAUUCCAUGAGACAUGCGUAGUCAGUGAUUUUCCACCAGAUUUGUUUAAUGGCACAAAGAUAUCAUUUCGUGUUAUUGAUAAUGCGACAGUCGUGGGGGAGGCGGUGCACAUGGUAUUAGGACUACCCCCAUCGUUCCCGCGUAAUGAGACCAUUGAACUACAGCAUCCUGGUAUAGUGCAGGUAAAGAAAGUACUUUAAAUUUGUAAAUAUCUUUUGAUCCGUGUGAUACAAUGAUGAGUUAAGACAGAAACAAUAGAAAAUAAAUCCAAUUCUGAAGAAAUGCAUGUUAAAGAUAUAUAAAAAUAUAUGAAAAUAUAUGGCGAUAUUUCGACUUUGUAAGAAGGUUUUGAUAUAAAGUGGAAGUAUCACCAUAUAAAAUGUUGUCUUGAUUUUAAUCCAUAUCUCGGCUUGAAAUGGAUUUCGACAAAAAACAAGAUUCAUGAUUAGACUUACAAAAGGAUUGGGUUAACUAAUUACAGACUGAUGGUUUAUAGGAGGAAUUCUCGAAUAUAAAUGUUUACACACUUUUAAACCUAACCAGGGGCCGGUUGUAUAAAAAAGUGAUUAAAGUUAACUAUAGUUAGUGGAAACGUCAUUCAAUAAGCGCGUAUUUGAGAGUUAAUCACUAUUUAACUACAAAAUAGUGAUUAAAAAAGUGAUUAAGAGUUUUAUACAACCGACCCCAGGAGCAUUUGCGAGAAAAACAACUAUAGGCACAGCCCUAAAAUCUUUGAACGAUACCUGACAAAAGUUGAUGGUUCAUGUUUCUUACUUUUAUGAGCAAUCAUAUAUUUUAGACGAGUCAGUCACCCAAGUGUGGGGAAAUCUUGGUGAGAUUGAAAUACGACCAAGUUAAGGAGACUGUCACUUUGAGAAUCGUUGAAUGUCGGAAUUUGAAGAGCCCGUCAAGAAGGAAGAAACCACUGGGUAAGAAAGAAGACCUGAGCGACUAUUUGAUUUCAUUUUGGUAGAAUAUAGCAAAAGAAUAAAUUUCCAAGCAGUUUACAAAGUUAUUUUAAAGAGAAAUUGAUCCAUUAAUACCAACACUUUGAGAAAGGGUAUAGUGGGAUAGGCGAGAAGGGCAAUCGCCACAUAUCCAGCAAAUUCUAUUCAACAAAUUGUCUUGAUGAGAUUUAAGAGACGGAGACUUGCAGCGCUGAACAAAAGGUCUGGAAUAUGUUGGCAACUGAAUUCACACACAAGUAUAGAAACCAUCGCUAGCAGGGUAGUGUAAAUGCCCAAUCGAUGCCUGGAGCCGUGUUUACACUACGAGCCUAAGCCUGGCCUAGGCCUACCUUUGGACUAGAUUUUUGUAGUGUAAACGUACUUCGGCCUGGCCUAGGUCAGGAAAUCUGGGCCUAUAUCAGAACAGGUGUUCCAGAUUUCCUGACCUAGGCCAGGCCAAAGUGCGUUUACACUACAAAAAUCUAGUCCAAAGAUAGGCCCAGGCCAGGCUUAGGCACGUAGUGUAAACACGGCUUAAGUCUAAGAUGUUAUAUGCCUUUUACCAUGAAGUGGCUUCACUAACGACUGAACUUUCCCAAACUUUUAAAAUUGUUCGUAUGUACCUAACUAACCACUUCAGACCCCCACGCCCCGGUCAAACGAGGAUGGAGUUGCCAGUCAGGCAUUGUUAUGGCAGACAUUUCAAGCUCUAGAUUAACAAGAUAAAGGUUUGAUGUGUGUUCCAACUAUGUUUUAACCAACCUCGUACCCAGGGCCUUUGCGCGGUUCAGAGGCUCUGGUCUCUGAACCGCGCAAAGGCCCUGGGUACGAGGUUGUGUUUUAACUUCAAUAGAAUACACGAUGGUGUUGGGAAAGCAUUAAGAACAGCCAACCAAGAUCGCGUGACUGUCAACUCUCAUGCACUCUCAUCCUCGUUUCAUCCGAGCUUCACUCUGUGUCAAUUCUGAAAUUGUUCUUUUGUUUCUCUUGUGUUUCAGACACGUACGUGAAAAUCCACGUAAUAUUCUGUGAUGAAAUCGUGCAACGUAUCAAAUCAAAACUGAUCACAAAAUCCAACAACCCUUCAUUCGAAGAAACCUUUCAACUAUCAGGAUUUUUUUCUCGUGCUAAAAUGAAACAGAUUCUUGUAAAACUAACAGUAUUUUCAAAGUCAGUAACAAAACAAGGAGUUGGUUAUGUGUUUCUGGGAACUGGUAGGCAAGAUGAUAUUACAGCAAGCGGGUAUCGACAUUGGGAGACGAUUAUUGAUAAACCGGAGUUAGAUAUUGCGCAAUGGCAUGCAUUGAAACCAGUGAGGUCAAUGACACCAUGAGCAGUGUAGUGUGCCCUUGUAGUGUAGUGUCACAGAAUAGGAAGGUACGGCAGAAGUCUCACUCAAGCAAGUAUUUGUCCACGUUUUUACAAGCGAUUCGUCAUCAAUCACGCCAUCCUGGCUAGUAUAGUACAACCGACACUUUGUACCUACCAAAACCUGAUAAAAACUUCUGGCUGUACUAGCCAGGAUGGCGUGAGCUUCGUGGACGUAAACACCGACCCAAGUUACACUUCUGCUGUACUUUCCUAUUUUGUGGUAGUGUAGUAUAGUGUACUGACAAGAAUAAAGCUACGUUUACACGCUGUGAUUACGAUUGAUUCGUUUUCUGGCGUAUGUCAUUGAGUAAACACGCGUAAGCUGGCUACAUUUGAAAUUUCUUUUUAACGAAACGGCAAUGAAUUAUGGCGCCAGCACUCUUUUUAAUACACCAGAAUACGAAUCGUACACGAUUAAUCGUGGCGUGUAAACGUAGCUUAAGAGUAAAUUAUUAGGUCUAACAAGUAGGGGGUGCAGACCCCACCCCAAGGAUUAACGCUCUUGAACAUCUCUCUCAAAACUGUAGUUUUACUAGAAUACGUUUAGAUGGCUCACUCGACUCAGGGGUAAAGAACGGAAACAAAUACGUACGUACUAAAAAAAAGCAUUUAAACCCAUACACAAGAUGGAUAAUAUAAAAUAUAUUUUAAAUCAAAUCACUGUAGAUACGGAAAGAUCUCUUUAGUCGAGAGAUAUAUUUCAGAGUGUAGUAUAAUAAUAAUAAUAGAACUUCUAUGUUUCAAAAAAGAAAGUGUGUUAUAAAUAUCAAAAAUUUUAGUAAGUUAU